UUUUUCAAAUAAAAAUAAUAAUCAAACCCGAAUAGUUAUCAACAUUGAUGUUGAUACUUUUUUUUAUUAUAAUUGACCUUUGACAGCUGCAGUUAUGUAAACGCACUCACACUAAAUAAUUACAAAGAAAAAAAAAACCUAUUAGAUAACAAAUUUAAUAACUAAAAGAAUAGUUUGAGGUUCUGUCGAUGAUAACAAUCAAUGUGUCAUGUCAAAAUGGCAAAUACUGUACUGUUAAUAUUAACAAAUUCAUCACGAGUAGGAAAAUUAUUACCGGAAAUAAAAAACCACAUAUUUAAGACACUUUACAUUCAGUAUUUUCCUGAUAAAAAUUUAGCACCAGGUAAUUUAUCAUCCUCAUUACUCCAAUGGAAGUGUUUACCAAAUCAUUUUCAAAUGAUUGCCAAUAUCUACACAUUGGCAUCAACAUUUCUGUCAAAAAUAGACGUCAGAGUGUUAAUUUCCAGCGUUAAAAAAAGUUCAAAAAUUACCACAGUGCGUCCUAUUGAACUGGUCAUCUUUGACAAGGACUACAGCAAAGAAGAUGCGAAAAUUUUUAUUGAAAACUGCAUUACAAAUUCAUCAAAACCCUGCAAUUAUAUCACGAUUGCUGAUGACCACCAAGAGCCGGACAAAUGUUUGACUGAAAAUUUUGACAGCAAUGAAAAAAUUUACCGCAAUGUAGUUCUUGGCGGUACCUUUGAUCGGCUGCAUAAUGGCCAUAAAAUUUUGCUCAGUAAAGCGAUACUCAAAUGCUCAGAGAAAUUGACAAUCGGAGUGACAGACAGCAGCAUGAUAACAAGCAAAAUACUUUGGGAGUUGAUUGAACCCUGUGAGAAAAGAAUGACUGCAUUGAGAGAAUUUCUCAAGGAUGUAAAUCCAAAUUUGAUUUACGAUAUUGUACCGAUCAGCGACGUUUAUGGGCCUACGAAAGACGAUCCGUCAUUUGAAAUGAUCGUCGUUAGUGAAGAAACUAAACGAGGAGCAGCUAAAAUAAAUGAACUGCGGUGUCAAAAGGGGCUAAGUAGCUUAGAUGUUGAGGUGGUUCAUUUAAUUGAAGAUUCUCAUCAUGGUAAAAAUGAAGAGACGAAAAUUAGUUCAAGUAAUCAUAGGAUACGACUGCUUGGUACUCGAUUAAAAGAACCAAAUAUUAGUGGAAAACCUUUAAAGCCUUAUAUUAUUGGCCUUACUGGUGGAAUAGCCAGUGGUAAAUCAUCAGUAGCUGAGAAACUUAAGUCUCUUGGUGCAGGAAUAGUUCAUUGUGAUAAACUAGCUCAUGAUUUGUACAAUCCAGGUCAACGAUGCUUUAAUAGUGUCGUAGAGGUGUUUGGAAAAAAAAUACUAACACCGGACGGUCAAAUUGACCGUAAGGCUUUAGGAAAUAUUGUCUUCAAUGAUAAGAAAGAGCUCGACAAAUUAAAUAAAAUUGUGUGGCCAGCAAUACUUGAUGCUGCAAUGGAUAAAGUUAAACAAUUACAAGCUCAAGGACUCGAGAUAAUUGUUAUGGAAGCGGCUGUUCUUAUUCAAGCUAAAUGGCAAUUUGUUUGCCAUGAAAUAUGGACUUGUAUUAUUCCCCAUGAAGAAGCAGUGAAAAGACUAAUGGAGCGAAAUAAUUUAAGUAGAGAAGAAGCUGAAAUGAGGAUCAAGGUCCAGCCGAGUAAUGUCGAGCAGGUCAACGAAGCGACUGUCGUCCUAUCAACUUUAUGGAGUCAUGAAAUCACUCUUAGCCAAGUGCAAAAAGCUUGGGAAUUAUUAAAAGAAUUUUUAUCCAAGCAAUAA